AUGGGCUCAAUUCGCAAAACACUCCCUUACCGCCUGGGGGUUGACGUUGGAGGAACAAACACGGACGCCGUCCUCGUCGAUACAACAGCCACUGACAGAAGCAAAAGCGUCGUUGCAGCGCACAAGACAGCAACAACGUCACCAAACGUGACCGAAGGCAUAGCGGCGGCCGUAAGACACGUUUUGGAACAGUCCGGAGUGGCAGUGGAGCAAAUCUCCUCUUUGGCGAUUGGAACCACUCACUUUAUCAAUGCAAUCGUCGAACAUGACCAUCGCCAUCUCUCGAAAGUCGCGGUAAUCCGCCUCUCCAAGAAUUUCACCCGGGAGAUCCCCCCGUUCUUUGACUUUCCACCGGCUCUGAGAGGCAUCAUGUAUGGGUGGCAUACAUACAUUGACGGUGGACUCCAGAUUGAUGGCAGCGAAGAGGCUCCCAUCGUCGAGGAUCAAGUGGUUGACGUAUGCACGACAAUCCGAGAAUUGGGGCUUACUGCCGUGGUCGUCUGCGGCGUGUUCUCUCCACUGGACUCAAGCUUUAGACAAGAACAACGCGUCCGCGAGAUCAUCCAUUCCCUUCUUCCUGAGGUCUCGGUGGUUUGUUCGUCUGAGAUUUCGAAUCUCGGCUUCCUGGAAAGGGAAAAUGCAUCAAUACUAAACGCCUCCAUUCACGCAUUUGCACAAAGAACAAUUGCGAGCUUCAAGCUGGCAAUGCGAAAGCUUAAUCUUCGUUGUGCUCUGUAUCUCACACAAAACGACGGUACCUUGAUCGACGCACACGCGGCUUCACAACUGCCCAUCAGGACCUUUUCAUCCGGGCCAACGAACUCCAUGAGAGGUGCCGCAUAUCUGAGUGGGCUAUACUCGGACGACGAGGCCAGAACCUCCUCAAUCGUCUGCGACAUUGGAGGCACAACGGCAGAUGUCGGGAUACUGUUACCUUCUGGUUACCCCAGGCAGUCACUCGCCAGUGUCACAAUUGCCGGGGUCAAGAUCAACUAUGGAAUGCCACAAGUCGAGUCGAUAGGCAUAGGAGGAGGCUCUAUCGUUCGACAAGAUGGAGAUCAAGUGGUGGUGGGACCAGAUUCUGUGGGUUAUGCCAUCAAGGAGAGAGCAUUGAUCUUUGGGGGUGACACAACGACAGCAACUGAUAUUGCUGUUGCUUCUGGCAUUCCCAUCAAAGGCGCUGAUGCAGCGAAGGCUGGUGGACUAAGCCAAGAGAUUAUUGAAAGUGCCAGGGGGGUCAUCAAGAGCAAGCUGGAGCGUGUUGUAGACUUGGUCAAGACAUCUCCAAAAGACCUUGACCUGAUCUUGGUUGGCGGUGGCUCGAUUAUUGCUCCAGAUUCCCUUGACGGCGUCAGCAAGAUCAUCCGCCCGCCGUAUUUCGAUGUGGCGAAUGCUGUCGGAGCAGCUAUGUCACGCAUCAGUGCAAGUGUGGAUAUCAUUCAGGACACAUCAUCCAGAACAAUCAAGCAAGCGCUUCGAAACGCAGCAGAGCUAGCUACGGAGAAAGUCAUAGAGGUCGGCGCCGACCCUACGACGAUUGCCAUAACGGAACAGGAGGCUCUCCCAUUGCAGUACCUUGACCAUCGAGUCAGGACCAUUGUUAAAGCUGUGGGGGACUUCAUUCCAUCAUAUGAAUCGGCCACAGAAUCCAUUGUCGAGGAGCUAAACGACGUUGAAGAGAUAGCAUUGGAAACCAAGCCAUUCCAACGAGGGGGAGAGACGACCAUCAUUGAUGUAAAAGAUUAUCAGCCCGCAAUUCAAAACAAUCCAACAACAGGAGUGCCAGAGUGGCAUGUUUCGUCAACAGACCUUGAAUGGAUGGCGGAUGGUUGUUACGUACUUGGAUGUGGCGGAGGGGGCACGCCGUACCCAGAAAUGCUGAAGUUGAAAAGGCUGUUGCAAGAAGGACAUAGCUUGCGUAUUGUGGACGCUGAAGACCUCGACGAGAAAGCGCAGAUCUACUGGGCCGGUAACAUGGGAUCGCCUUCCGUACCACAAGAGAGGCUGUGUGCCAAUGAGUCGCUCGAAGCCAUCAAAGAGAUGAUGGAAUACUACCGGCAAGACUCCUUUGAUGCCUUUAUUGGCCUCGAGAUUGGGGGCUCUAACGGGCUUCUACCCCUGAGUAUGGGUGCUUCCAAUAACUUUAACCGGCCGGUAGUAGACGCGGACUGGAUGGGUCGCGCAUACCCGAACCUGUGGCAGGUCACCAUAGCAGUCCAUGAACCCCAUCAGAUUGCGCCGUGCGCAAUAUCUUCCGGAGAUGGAAGGGCGUUGAUAAUGACGAAGUCAAGUGACGAUAGAUCGAUAGAUCGAACAUUGAGAGCGCCUGCGAUCGAAAUGGGAUACUACGUCGGAUUUGCCGCAAAACCAACAACAACCGCGCUCGUCAAGAAGUGGUCUGUGAGAAACACCAUGUCGCAGGCGUGGAGAAUUGGGAGAUGCAUAGCUCGCGCGAGUCGGACCAACACGAUUAGCACCGUGACAGAGCAGAUAAUCGAAGAGGUGGGAGGAAACUCUGCGGCAAAGCUGCUGUUCCGUGGUAAGAUCGUGGGAGUUGAGCGCCGCCUAUACAAAGGCCAUUCUCAUGGAGAGGUUGUCAUCAAAUCCAUUUCAGAGGAAGGAUCAGAAGACACCGAAGACGGAGCUAGGAAAGCUGUCGCCCAGGGAGGGGCUUUGAAGAUCCCCUUCAUGAACGAAAACCUGAUUGCUCAACACGUCGCCGAGGAUGGGGCGACCAAGGUCUUAGCAACUGUUCCCGACCUCAUCACAGUAUUGGAUGCUCAAUCAGGACGAGCGUUAGGAAUACCCGAAUAUAAGUACGGCAUUGUGGUGACUGUACUCGGCAUCACCUGCUCACCAAUAUGGGGAAAGACGGAGGCGGGAGUUGCUGCAGGCGGCCCUUCGGCUUUUGGCUUUGACGAUAUUUCGUAUGAACCGCUGGGUGUGUAUAAAGAGCCAGCCAGCGUUAUCCGGGAGUAUUCGAAUCGAUUUGAAGGAUGA